UUGUGUAAUGUACAUUAUAAAGCUAGUAUAUUUCCAUUUAAAUGGUUAAAGGAGAAAUAUUCCAGAUAUUGCAGGAAUACGAUUAUCUGCAGUAUCCCCAAAAUGCCGUCUGGACGAAUCUAUAUAUAGCCACAAUGUCUCAGUGGAUGGAAAGGAAGUAAUCUUUAAUAUUUGGGAUUUUCCAUAUUCAAAGCUUGUUAUUUACAGGAAAGGACUAAAGAGGGAAAAUGCAAUGAAGGCUUGUGGCACAGCUCUGAAGGUAAAACUGUUGCCCCAAAAUCACUCUUGCCAGCAUUGGCACAGAUGUCCCAUGGACUGACCCAUGCAGAGGAAUGCUGGAAGAACAGUUAAGACUAUACCUUCACAUCUUCCCCAGACAACUGGUCCUUUCCAAGUUAUACAAAUUGAUGUCAUUCAGCUUCCAAAGCAACCAGCUAAAGAAGAUCCAAGCUACUGUGACCAGCACACAACCAAUCCCUGUGGAAGGUGCUUGUCAUAAUCUACAUCCUGGUGAUGAGGUGAUGGUCAGAAAUUUCCUGAGAUCGGGCUCGCUGACAGACCGGUGGGAAGGACCUUACCAAGUCUUGUUGACAACCCCAACUGCUGUUAAGAUAAAGGAGAAGACUUUGUGGAUCUACUCCACCCACUGCAGAAAAGUCACGCCUCCUGAGACAGCACAUGUGGAAGAUAUUCUCCAAGACUCCUCUGCACUUCACCAGUAAAACCAGCAAGUGAGUGGUUCGGGCAUAAUAAUCCCUUGAGCCACUUGCCAACGCAGUAUCUCUGUGGAGGGUACAUAACUCCUAGAAGAGUACUGUGAAAAUCAAGGACAACAAAGACAAUGCUAAACAGGAUGAUGCUGAUAGGCCAAAGGCCAGACCGUGAACUAUGGGGGUGCAUUCUCUCAUGGGCAUGUCUAAUUACAAUCAUACUCAUUGUGCUUGAGUGUUGUAUAUACAUUCCAGGGUCUGUUAACAAUGUGACCAGUCAAACAGGUAAUGUAACAUCUUACAAUGAAGCGUUAUUCAAGACACGUGUGUGUAGGGCCUUACAAAAGAAUAAUUAUGGAGGAGAAUUUACAGGUAAUUCCAUGAUAGCAAUGCACAGUAAAAUUGCAAAGGCUCUCAACACAAGCAAAUGUUAGAUUUGUACCCACCUACCCAUCAGUGUAGAUGCAGGUAUACCCCUCCUGGCUCAUUACAUAAGCACAGCUGACAUGAUAGACAGAGAUUGGUCCUGCCAUAAGCGAAAGAAUGGUAGUCGCAGUUGUGCCAAUAAGACACCUAAAGUACAGAAUAUAGUAGACUUCCCAUAUUUGGAUGUCUUAGAUGCAGGCUUGCUGUAUGCGCCCGCUCUGCAGGUAUCUGCAGCCAAAGGGAAACCUGAAUUCUGCUUAAGUGUUAAUGAAAAGUCCCACCCAUAUGUGUACAAAAAAAAAAUAUUACAGGUAAAAAGCCCAAACCUAGGGUACACUAACUAUACUGGAGCAACAUUUGUAGUAAAGAUGUCCGGUAGAUGCUCCCUCAAAAAUCUCAAAACCUGUUGGCAUUCCAUAGAUGCAAAUGGGGCAUUAACACCUAACGAUACUUUAUACCAACUACAGAGAAAGGUGUACACUUGAUAACAGCACAUGUGGAGAUGCCAAUGGUAAUAACACAGGGUACUUUAUGAUAUACAUAAGGCUCAUUUAUACCAAAACUUUUGGGAUGCCUCUGCCUAAGGGUAUGUAUUGGGUUUGUGGAAAAUGGGCAUACUCAUGGAUUCCCUUAGGUGCUAAAGGACAAUGUGUACUCUCCUCAGUAUUCCUAUAGAGCAUGACUUGGUGCCAAUUGACCUGACAUAUUUAAGACAUCUCAGUAAAAGAGAAGUGAAAAAAGGAUAUGUAUCUUUCAGAUUUUCUGAUGGUGAACGUACGGCUGGAACUUUGUUUCCUCUGUCCACUAUCUAUUUGGUGAAAAAAGUUGUGUCCCAAACCUUAACGGUACUAGAUCAAAUGGUAGGGAAAUUGGUAGUUUCAAUCAAUCAGACAGUGGAAGAGCUGGCUCAAGUAAGAAAAGUGGCUUUACAAAAUAGGAUGGCACUGGAUCAGCUGUUGGCAGCAGAAGGGGGCACGUGUGCAGUGGUAGAACAAGGAUGUUGUACUUAUAUUGAAGAUCACAGAGCUGAAAUAAGUGCUCAUCUGAGCAAGGUAGGAGAGUUGCAAAAGGAAAUGAGAAGGUUAGGUGCUAGUGAAGGUUGGGAUCCACUUGGAUGGCUAGGAGGAAGUAUUGCAAAGCUUUUUUCUGGAGUAUUGCAGUGCAUUGUGUUUGCUGCACUGAUUGUAGGAAUCAUAUAUCUUACCAUCAAGUGUGGACCAGUAGUCUGUGUACAAUGUGGUAAAGGAUUUAAAAGGUUGAAAGUGCACCAUAAAAUAACCAUUGUGGUGGUAGAUGAUAAGGUUCCACUAGAACAGGUGACUCAGGGAACAAGUCAGGGGCAGCAGAAAAGACCGGUGGUAUAUGCUAACAUGAGCAAAUCUUAUAAAAGUUUACAACUCCAGGAAGCUGAGCCCAUAUACCAGGCUUUAGAGGAGGAUCAGGCAGGUAGAAAAAGUACACAGCUUGUUAAUUUUACUUAUGAACUGGAUAACAGGGUAAAAAUUAAUCAGGAUGAGUAUGUUAAACAUAAAAUACAAGCGAGUUUCACCUAACUGUGUCAACACCCUCUUAGCCAACACCAGAAGGUUCCUAUAAAAAGAACAGGAAUUCCCGUCCGGUGCGGUGAGCAUUGGCGCCAGGCCCAUCCCCGUGAACCUACCUUUUUCCUAUGUUGUGCGUCUACCUAACCCUCAUUAGAAAUUGUGAAAUUGAACCUUCUGAUUUGUGUAUUAGAGUGCCAAGUAUAUUGGCAGAGAGAGGAAUGAUAUAGAUAAGUGAAUACACAAAAUGGAAGCUGGAUGUCAGUUUGUCUAUUGCUUAAAAGAAACUGUUGCUUUAAAUGUGAUUCUUAUAUGUUUGCAGAAACUUUGAUUUUAGUAGCAAUUAAGGAAGUUAGUCUAGCUUUACAGUAUUUCAUAGACCGUGGUUAGCUAGUAUCCUAUAGAAAAGGGAAGUCGAAAGUAUGUUAAAGGUAAAAGUAUAUUUUUAAUGUAACAGUCAUAAUCACAAGAUGCUGAGCUAAUUAAUUGGAAAUCCCCCAUAAGGGGAGUUUAUAAAUUAUAAUAUAUUCUGAUAUUUGAAAUGUAAUUGGUCUAUGUAUAUGAUUGGCUUGUUAAUUUGAUUAGAUCAUGUAAUGCUAUGAUGAAAGUAUAUAAGAUGAAAUCAACGUGUCAAUGUGCAGUUCAUGAUAUUCUUUUAUCGUGAGCCCUGUGAACUUCACAAUGCAAUAAAU